UUGCUUGCUAAUAGUAAGCAAGCGAUCGAUGGCACCGGCUUUCCCUUCAGGAGAUGACAGGGCAAACUCGGGCAAUGGAGGACGACCAAAUCCUAAGCGAUUUUCAUUUAACGACAUCGUUCUGAGGAACAGGUUGACUGCUCUUGUCGUCGACGGUGUCGAUUUUUGCCGAGCAGUGGAGCAGGGAAUUCUUCAAUCUUGUGGACUCCAUACUCAAGGUGUCGACAACGGUGACGCUGCUGUUGAGCUCAUCGCUUCGGGUGCUAAAUUCGACCUCAUCGUCAUCGACAAGCAUCUUCCCAUGCUGGAUGGCAUUGAGGCUACGAGACGGAUUCGUGCAAUGGGGACGCGAAGCAAGAUGGUUGGGGUCUCUGCUUCCUUCAGCGAAAGAGAGAGGCAAGCGUUUUUGGCAGCCGGAGUUGAUGUAUACUCGGAGAAGCCCAUGUCUCCCGAGCUCCUUAUUUCCAUCCUGAGGGAAUUGGAUGGUCACUACCCAAGUAUCUAA